GUUAUGACCUUUACCCUUUGAUUGAGUCCGAUUUCGAAGUGUAUAUCCAUGAUAAUUGUUCUUCUGAAACAAAGUACUAAAACUUACCAAUCAGAAUUCAGCGCAAAAUUCAUUGUUGCUAACUGAAAGAUGACAGUUUGUGACAAAAACGUUAGUAAUAAUUCACAUAUAGAGGUCCACUCUUCGUAUUAAAAGUUUCAUCAAAUGUCUUAUAUUGUCAACAGACAGCUAUGAGUAGUUCACUGCACAAUAAUCUGCGUGGAGUUUUUGGUUGCGAUGCUAUAGAUUCUUGUUUUUGUAAACAAUUAUUUUUCGAACAAAUAGUAUAUUUCUUACAAACUUCAAGCUUAGCAUCACAACUCUCUACACUGGUAGAAGAAUGCAACUGUCUGGUGAAUAUUUCUACUAUCAAUCUUUAUCAUACUCUUGAUGAUGAUAACGAUCUCCUGAGGUUGCUGUGUUUGUUCAUAAAAUUGAUUGAUAAUUUAAAUGACGAGUUGAGUGCAUAUCUUGCAUCUAUCCUUGAUUCAAGCUUGGAAUCGGUAAUGAAUGAUAAUAGAAUAAUGGGCGAUGUACAAUGCCUUGUUACAUCUGUGUUAAGCUCAUUGAAAUGUGAAAAUUUCUUACAACCGUUAUGGCAUAGUUAUUUGUGUUUAGAACUUGAGUCAGCUGAAAUGGAUACUGACGAGUCAAAUAUAUUCUCUUCCAUCAUUUGUCCAAACAUUACAGACAGGAAAAUGCAAAUUUUGUUGUCAGCUCGAAAUUUAACACAUAAUCGUUUUCUAGUCACCUGGAAUAAUUUAUAUCGACACUUAUGUGCACCUUAUAUUAAAGAAGCUCUAUCAUAUAGAACCAAGUUAUUAUGUUCCGAAAAUUAUACUGAGCGAUUUCUAGAUUCAAUAAUAAAAUAUAAAAACUGCGUACUGAAAAAGGUUCUCAUACCUAGACUGUUUUCAAGAAAAAGUGAUAUACAUGAGAUCAAUGCUGAGCUAUCGGAUGAAAUUGUAUAUAAGACAUUCUAUUUAGUUCAUAAACCUGAUAUGUUUUCAUUAGUCAUUGAAUACCCAGACUCUGUUGCUGCUCUUAUGGACCUGGGUAAAUGUUUAGAUCAUCUCCCAAUACGUCAAGAUUUGAUUACUCACCUAACCGAAGAAGUUCAGCAACGAUUAUUACAUCCAGGUGUUCAUACUGAACAAAUUUUAGCUGCAUACAAUUACUUAGUACGCGCUUUACGUUUAGUCGAUAAUACAUUUCUGGUACAAGAUAUAGUUUGCAAACCAGUCUCAACAUGUCUUCGGCAAAGAGAGGAUGCAGUUCGUUGUAUAGUUGAUAAAUUAAUAUCUGGCCCAGAAACCGAUGGUGAAGACGAUGAAAUUAAGGCUGAAGCAUACACUGAUACAACUACAGAACUUCAUCAAGAAUUAUUAUUACCUAAACCAUUGGAAGUUGAACCAUUGGAUGGUGGUGAAGAUAGUGAUGCUGAUAUUGUCUAUGAAGACCCACCAUUUGACUCCGACAUACAUUCCGCUAACUCAGAUAAACAUUUUCUUUUUGAAAGUGAUUGGAAACCAGAUCCUAUUGAAGCUUUAUGUCAGCGAGGAUCUUGGCGUCGUAAAUUAGAUCUUUUAAGCAUGUUAGUCAGUAUUUAUGGAAGUAAGAAAGCAUUUUUAGUUGAAUACAAACAAUUAUUGAGUCAACGUUUAUUACGACAGAGAAGUUUUCAUACAGCAAGAGAAUUAAGAAAUUUGGAGCUGUUAAAACUUCGUUUUGGCGAACAGAAUUUACAUGAAUGUGAAGUUAUGCUUAAAGAUAUUCGAGAUUCGAAACGAAUUGCUAAUUUAGUGUCAGAAGCUACAUCAACUAAUUCAAAAGAAAAGCAUUUAGAUCAAACAGAUAAGUUGUUAAACAGUCCUACUCUUGUUUCUGAUGGCAACGAAAUCAUAGAAUCAGAUGAGACGCAGUUAAAAGUUGAUUGUUUGGAGAAUAAAGCAACGUCUAUUGUAUGUGUUACUGGCGCUACUACGACUUCCAUUACUACUGCCAGUAAUUUGAGCAAUAAUAAUGUUAAUAAUAUUGCUUUUCCGCUAUCUGCUUACAUUUUAUCUAUUCAUUAUUGGCCAGAAUUGCUUGACGAUAAAUUUAAAAUACCUGAAGAUUUCCGUCCAGUAUUUGAACAUUAUGAACAAUGUUUCCAACGUCUAAAAGGCAACAGAACACUCGUUUGGAUGCAUAAACUGGGUCUAGUAAAUAUUGACCUUACACUUGGCAAACGUAGCGUGAAAAUUGAUGUUACACCGUUGCAAGUAUCAAUUGUUCAUCUAUUCACAAAACAACGUACCUGGUAUAUAAGAGAUUUAGCUCAAAAACUAGAAAGUCAAAUCUCCACUAUUCGUACUAGUCUAUAUAUGUUUAUUCAGUUAGGAUUUAUACGACUAUCUGAUUCACAUGAUAGUAAUAACCAUGUAAAUUUUACUAGUGAAAAUCUAGAAAUCUAUGAAGUUUGUGACGAGACAGAUACUACUAAUUCAAAUGAAAAGUUAAGUAAUUUAAACAGUAAAAAUUAUUCAAAUGACCCUGAGAAAAUUGAUUCAAACACUAUUGAAGCAACAAAUAAUUGGAUGUUUACAUCACAAGAUCAUUCUGAUUUACUUGUAGCCAGUGUUAGAGAACGUAAAGAGAAAGAAUUACAAGUAUUUUGGUCUUAUAUCACUGCUAUGUUAACCAACCUUGGAAGUUCGUCAUUAGAUCGAAUCCAUUCAAUGCUUAGAAUGUUCGCACUCGGUUCUACAUCCAGUUUAGGAUUCAACAGAGAUGAACUACGCCGAUUUCUAGAUAAGAAAAUUAGAGAAGGCCAACUGAGUUAUGAUGGUGACAUGUAUAAAUUAACAAUCCCUGACGUGUAAAUACUUUAAGCGUAUUGUACAAAUAAAUAUAUUCUAAAAUCUUUGUAAUUUGAAAUUACUGUAUUUUUUCAUUAUCGUUUAAUAACAAAAGUAUAAACUUUCUUGGGGUUAGACAAGGUAGCGAAUCGCCCUGUAUUUUCCUAUGUCUGUGAAACACAAUCUAUGAAAGGAGACGCGCAUGAACUGCAGAUUCCCAAUUAUUUUCGGAGCACUUUUCGGGUAUCGCGAGUAAGCAUGGAGAUGACUAAUAGCUUGUCCUGUUUCUUUGCUGUUUUCAUACAGAAGAAAUCUAUCUAGGCUAUUUAUAGUAUGUUGUAAUUGACAACUGUUAAAUACACAACAGGCAUUUAGGUUUUCGUUCAUAACAGUUCAGUCCACCUUUUCGUUUGAAAAAGCAAUUAUCUGUGUUUUCAAUAGACCAAGGGAUGACGAUGCUGUGGACAAAUUGUCGCACUUGACAAAACCAGAUGAAAGACUUCUUCGGUCUAAAUAUCUUAUUUUAUAAGACACGAUAGAAACCUUGCAAAAAUGCUAUUCAAAAAGGUGGGUUUUCAACGUAUUUUGUUAAUUAUAAGUCUCCUGAUAUGUUGUCUGAAUUUAGUACCGAUAAACUUGGUCGACCAGAAAUCGACUGUAUAACAAGUAUACGUAGUUGGCUAAAAAAACAUGUUUCAUUUUUACGGGAUGAUAAGCCAAGAGGCAGACGUAUACAGUCAAUUUGGCUUAAUCAAUAAGAUCUCUCACUUUGUUUUUUCAUUCACAUAGCCGGUUGGGCUCAUGUAUAACAAGAUUGCAUAUCAAUAUCAGGUCCUGUGAAUCACAAGUUCAUUGAAGAAAAACUAGUUAUUUGGAAUCUCCAUCUCACUCUAGACCUAUGCAUAAGGGCAUUUCAAAUAAUUAACUAUCAGAGUGACUGGUAAGCCUCAGUGAAAUUGAGAGCGUUUGCUAUGAAAUUCAGGAGUGACUAUUAAUAUUUACUUAUUUUUCUUCCAACAUCUACUGACAGUAACUGUGAAGUAACUAAGUAUCUCUUCGACAAACAGUCAGUCAGCUACAACGUAGG